ACACUUACUGCAGUCUCAUCCCAUCUAUCGCAAAAAGGUCCCUGGGAGAUGGAGUUGAUCAGCUUUGGUGCUGUAUUAAAAGUUAGAGGUAUAAACGGUUCAGGAGAGAUUCUUAGUUGCCCGUUUCACCAACCUGUCAUAUAGUCAUAUAGCCAGUCUGCUAUUGAUGCAGAUUACAACGUUUCUGCCAACUUUUGACAUUGGCGGAAAGGUGUAGCUAGAGAUCGUGCGAAAAAAUUCCCUCUCCAGAGUCUCCAGCCUUCUUUGAUCCAUCAGUGUAGAUGGUCAGCGUUUUGGCCGUGCUUAAGUUGCUCUGGAGUAUCGUUUCAAUGCCGAAGUGUGGCCUGUUUAAGAAAGUAGGUGUGAUGUAGUCUGCUCGAGCUUCAAGGACUUUUCCCAUUUUUGCAACCUGCAUUUGGCCACCUCAUUAAUGCUUGUGUUAUUAUAUGGGUGUGCAUAAAUAAUUAUAUUAAUUGAAAUUAUUUUUGGUUUUGUAGAAUAAUUGUAGGGGCGCGAUUUCAAAAACAUAACAAUCUUAUACAUAUACAAAUAAAAGAAGGAAUUUUAGGUCCGUAUUUAACAAUUAAUGAGACUCAAUGGGUAAAGAUUGAAAAUUUUAAAUACAACGAUCGAUUGAUACAUCAAAACCAAGAUUUUAUACAAAUAUCUAUGAAUAAAAGAUCAAUACAUUUAGGAGCUGCUAAAUUAUCACACGUUGAUAAUAACUAUAUAAAUAUUGAAAAUUAUGUAUUGACAGGAGUGAGAUUUCACGAAUGGCAGGGUUUUCUUUUACUGCAAAUUCGUUGUACUCGUUUUGAUUUAAAGAGCGGAGACCUCAUUGCAAAUGGAAGCGGUUGGUACGAUGUUAACAGCUGGCCGAGCAACGAAAUCGAAAUUAAUAAUUCUGAUAUACCAAGAGAUGGAGGUACCUCAAAGAUUGUAAGUAGAGGAGAUAAUCAGUUUGUAUCAUUUACACACUCUUCUUUUGAAACGGAUUUUGCACAAACUACCGUCCCAUUUUUUGACGCUCAAGAAGUUGUUUCAAGUAGUCCUUUACACGGAAUGGGAAUUUACUAUAAAAGAGAAUUGAAGAAUGGUAAUCGCAAAUCUGGAGGAUUUCUUGGCAUUAAAUUAUUUACAUAUGACUACAAAGAUCAUCUAAGAAAGCUUACAAAUUAGCUUAUCAUUUAAAAUGUUUAAUAAUUAUUUAUCAAAGUGAGAGUAAGGAAAAUAAAACUAACAAUGUAACAUAAUAAAUUAAAAUACCAUAAAACUGGUGGU